AUGUCAUAUGUGGGUAUCACAUAUACUAACCCUGUCCCUUACAUCAGAUGGCUGGGGUUAGUGUUUAAAAGUCCGGUCUGGUCUGGUUUUUUGAUGCCCCAGGGCUUUAACCAUAACCAUAACUGGUCUGCCUUUUCCCCAGAAGUCAAAAGACUGAACCAGACCACAAAAAGACUGCAGAUCGCAGUUUUUUGCAGUCUAUAG